CGUCUUCAAACAUGCCUGAUCAGGCGAGCAUCAGAGCCUUGAAUCUCUGUCCUUGUGCAAAUACAGGUACUGGAGGGGCGCAUGCAUGUAUCAAGCCAGGCGCAAAUGCAUGCUCACGUUGCUAUCUGGUUCGAUACUGCAGCAGUCAGUGCCAGAAAGCACACUGGAAACAACACAAAACCGACUGCAAUUCCAAGCUGGGAAAACAAACAUGGCGACCGUCCUGGGACUUAGAGGGUAGACGUCCUGCAUUCGUUACGCCUGAAAAUGACGAUGGGCUCAAAUUCGACCUGUCCGCCCCCGCAAUUUCUAUGGUUACCCACGGCACAAAGAAGUUCUUGUGGGGGAAUGUACCGGCUUUCGACUUGCUAAACCUUAAGCAUAACGAAGGGACAGAAUACAAUCAACAUAUCCGCAUUCUGUUCGCAGCUUCUGGAGAUUUGAGGAACGUAGUCAGAACGAUCGCAGGGAUACCCAAAGGCUCAACACAAAGCAUCGACGUAGUAAUCAAUGAUUACGACUUCGACAUCGUGGCGCGAAACGCCAUUCUCAUCCUAAUUGCGAUGCACCUGGAGCCAGAGCCCGCAGCAGAUGCCAUGAUACACACAUGGUAUUCCGCCUUUCUGUCAGCGGAGAUUGCCAGUUGCCUGAAUGAUACCGUUCUUCCAAGUAUCCGUACUGUUUGCGAAAAAAUUCAGGCCAAGCCCGACGAUCAGUUGCUUUCGAAAAAAUGGACUACCGAAUCUUGUACUUUUCGCCUUGUCCUUACAAAGGCAUGCUGGGACCAUUGCCUGAGAAUUUUCGAAACUCCUGCGACUCUUACUACCGCAGCCGCACAUGAGAUGCGCCUUUCGACAGUCUUGGCAGAAUCGAGAAAAGAUUACGUUGAGAGAGCCCUAUAUUUUCAGCCACGGGGCUGGCGUAUGGCUACCAUAGGAUUUCGAAAGGAUGGCAUCCUUCUGCCAUUUGGCGCAUCAAGACACGGGUUUGAUACCCCCAAUCCUACAUUCUAUUACAACGAUCAGUGGCCAAUGAUGGAUUCUGCGGACCCGCUUGCGGGCUGGCCCAUGGAAGAAAUACUUCAAGCAGCUUCACCGGCAAAGAAUGAUCUCUACGGUGGCUUGUUUCUUUACCUGCGGCCAUUGCUCGUAAAAUUCUGCAAGAAAAUUCGGAAACACGCUAUAAAUUUCGAAUUGCUUCACACUAACGCUACAGAACUUCCUGGUUAUUGGGGCGAGAACCAGGACGAAGGCCAGCGGUUUGACAGGAUCGAAGUUUCAAACAUUGCCGAUGGAGGCUAUUUGGGAAUACGGAAGUGUUUGAAAACAUUCGCUCCUUUGCUCAAGCCAGUCACAGAGAAUCCGCAUGCAACGCUGGUAACGCUUUUCCUCAAUGCCAUUAACGAGGUUGAAUCGUCAGAAGACCGGAUCCAGACACUCAUGCUGGAGAGAGCCCGACUGAUGGCAUACGUCCCAGUCAAUCUCUCCAACAAAAACAAGCUCGGUGCGGACAAAGUGAAGAUCACUACGGCACCGGAUCUGUUGCGAGAUUUCGACGGUCUCUUUGCACGGUAUGCCUACUGGUGUGACCUCAAUUCUGCGAGUGAGGAUGCCGGGAUGCGUAUCAAGACCAUGCAUACGCUUAUUGAGCCGUGGCCGAUGCGCCUCAAGGAUGGUGCGACGAAAGAGGAGUUUGAGAGGCUUUUUGGUUCUCAUCAUUGCGGGAGCGAGCGAUACGUUGAGUGGCAGAGAGUGAGAGGAUAGGAACUUUACUCAAAGAAAAUUCGGCAAGAGAGAAGAUGAGUGGAUAGCAGCAGCUUAAGCGACCACAAGUAGUGCUUUUUCAACAAGGC